UCAAUGUCAAAAAUCUUGUAACCUCAAAUUUACUAAACUAACCCUGCAUCCCGUUUAUUAUCGUAUUGUAUUUCUUAUAACAAUAAUUAAAUAUUAGUAAUGUACCGCGUCCUAUAUGGACGACUGCUGGCAGUGCCAGUCACGGUGGACGUACGUGCCAUGCACAGCGCGGCACCAAUGUUUGCCGCUGCCAAGAAAACAACAUCAGCCGCUGGAGGUGUAAUGGGGUUAGGCAAAGGCAAGAAGAAGUUAGGCAAGCUAGGUACCAUGGAAAAGCGUGAACUCCCAGUGGAAACAGAUCCACAGAAACUUGUCACUCAAGUAUGUGGAGCCAAUAUCUAUACCACAGGAGAAGACCCUAAGCUGGGACCAGAUAGCGAGUACCCCGACUGGCUGUGGGAGCUGCACACAGGCCCCGCGCCGCCGCUGGAGUCGCUGGACCCCGACACGAAGGCCUACUGGCUGCGCGUGCGCGCCGCCGGCAUGCGCCGCAACAACAAGCUACGGUCGCUGCGCAAGUUUUAGAUUUUAUAAAAUACAAACUCUCUGUAUAACACUGUUAAUAGGCCUUGCUGUUUUAGUGUGGUGUCUGCUGUUAGGCCACUUGAGCACCAAAAUUUUCCUUCCUUCUUUCGUAUUUUUCCAGAAACGUUCGUAUUUGUCAUGCUAAUUCACACAUUGUCAGUACGUCUUGUACUGAGAGUACUGAGACUGAUUGAAAUAGCAUGACACGUCCGUACGUUUCCGUAAGAAUACGAAGGAAAAUCUUUUCGCACGUCUGUAAUUCAAUAUUUUGAGACGUGAACACAUUGCAGACAUCAUAUUUGCUGUUGUCUCCAUUGAAUGUAAUGCUUUACACAGCGUACAACAUCAACGGAAGGCCAAAGUUAUAGUGUUCUUAGUGUUGAAUUUGUAACAGGGCUAGCACACGAUUGGCGCGACAUUAUCUCACCUCAACAGACUACCCGUCCUUAUAUCAUAACUACAGUUAGAAAAAGACGCGUCAAUUAUCGCAGCGAGAUACUGUCGCGCCAGUGAUGUGCUGGCCCUGUUUAUAGAGAAUUUCUCUAAUAGACAAAAUAUUUUCAACAAGUAAAUCGUAUUGAUAGGUAUCAGAAGCGAUUUUUUGUGUUUUCGUUUAGGAGACUGGACAAAUGCCUAGUUUUUAAGUAGGAAGUGUAAAUAAAAUGUUAGUUUUUAAA